UCAGAGAAGAUAAACAAAAAGGAAGGAAGCCGUCGGCCAUACAAUCGCGGCAAAAUCGGUUCAAAAAUUUAGCUUGCGAGCUACAGUUAGCAACUACAUGUGCCCUUUUUAGCUUAGAUAACUACUAGUAGAUGUUCACAGUCAUGGACGAGGCAAUAGUAUUUCGUAUGAGUGCAUUUUCGGAGCAAGGAGGGAGGAAAUACAUGGAGGAUGUUGUCGAGAUAAGAAUCGAGUACGAGCCGACGCCAGUCGAAGAUUAUCCAAAGUCGCAAAGACAUGGAGGACAGGGAAAAGCCGAGAGUGAGCCUACCAAACAGACUGAAAAUGAGACACAUGCUCACAACGUUGCUUCUGAUUGUGGCCCAGCUUCCGCAGUGUGGGUAGAGAGUCUAUCAAAUGAGGACACUGACAACAACAGUGCGCCGGUAUCAGACGAAAAAGUCGCAGAGCACGUAGUGAACACUCGGAAGUCUGUGGCGUUUUUUGCUGUAUUUGACGGUCAUGGGGGCCGAGAAGCAGCACACUUCGCAAGAGAGAAUCUGUGGGAUUUAUUGAAAAGGCAGCGGGGGUUUUGGUCGAAGGAUCAUAGUGAAGUGUGUGCUGCUCUUCGGAAAGGGUUCAUCGCAUGUCACCAUGCCAUGUGGAAAGAGUUACCGGAGUGGCCAAAGACUAUCACUGGCCUGCCCAGUACGUCAGGCACCACGGCCAGCGUGAUUGUGAUCCGUGGAGUUCACAUGUAUGUUGCCCAUGUAGGGGAUUCAGCAGUAGUGGUUGGAGUGAAAGAAAAUGACUCUGAUAUCACACUCCAGGCCCUCGAAGUGACACAAGACCAUAAACCUGAGCUUCCCAAAGAAAAAGAAAGGAUUGAACGACUGGGUGGCAGUGUAAUGAAGAAAUCUGGGGUGAACCGUGUUGUGUGGAAGAGGCCCAGACUGACCCACAACGGCCCGGUGAGGAGGAGUACAGUCAUUGACCAGAUCCCCUUCCUGGCUGUGGCCCGAUCCCUUGGUGACCUGUGGAGCUACGAUUUCUAUAGUGGGGAGUUUGUGGUUUCUCCGGAGCCUGAUACCACCGUGAUGACCCUUGACCCUAAACGGCAUCGCUACAUCAUCCUCGGCAGUGAUGGACUAUGGAAUAUGAUGCCACCCAAGAAUGCUGUCAACAUGUGUUACAGCCACGACAAAAUGGUGGGACCAAAGGGAAUGUCUUGCGCCCGCCGGCUGGGAUGCACAGCCCUACUGUUUUGGAAAGAGCGGAUGCUCCGUGCAGACAACACGACAGUCAUUGUCUUGGCCCUACAGGAGCACGGGGGCCCGCCUAUCCCUAUGCAUCGAGAUGAGAUUGUUGUUGACAUGGCUACAGGAAUUGACCAUGUUCCAUACCCAGGAACUACUUAUAACACAUGUGAGGUCCCAAAGGCGGAGCAUGAGGAUGACAUGUUUUAUGAAGAAGAUGAGAUAUAUGGAGAAGAACAUGAGGGAUGGCCAUGCCUGGAGUGGUAGUGAGCGGAGCGAUGCAGUGAAUGCAUCCUCCCCAUUCAAAGACAGUUCCACAACACUGGAGCAGGCAUUUGGGCUGUAUGAGGCAGCCUUCUGUGCCACUGCACAGCUCUUACCUGACGUCAUCUCUGUGCGGGCCACGCUGCCCCCCUCAGAUGGUUGUGUGAGUGUUUUUGAAAAGCAAGACUCGACAACCCAAAUGGACUGUGCUACUUCUGCUCCUCCGUUAAAAAGGCCUCGCCGCUCUCCGCACACCCCCCCUGAACUCAGAGGUGCUCACCGUCGCCUUGGCAGGUCCUCCAACAGCAGCGUCCCCCAGAAGAUGCCUCACAGCUAUGUACAAAAUGAACAACCAAACGAUGGUCAAACUUGUGCUCAAAAGAGAGAAAUAAGCUCCUCUGAGGAACACAGUAUCCUGCCACCGCACCGCAACUCUGCCUUGUGCGUGUGCUGAAUGUUGUCUCAAAGGAGCAGUGUCCUGAGACUAGGAUAAUCUGCAUCAUGUCAUCUUUACUCAUCUAUCAGGUGUGCCACAGGACGAUACCUAGAUGUAUACUUUUUAUACAGAGUCUUUUGUUUUUGUAAAUAUGUGAGAAAACUGAGAUUGUAAAUGUGUUGCUGUCUUGACCUUUUAGUCUUGCUCUUCUUUCUUGCCCCCUCCUUUUUAAAUUUUAGUGUUUGCGGAAAUUACAAAUUUUAGAUCCAUUAGAAUCUACACAAUCUAUUUUAAUACUUAAAAAUAUGUAUAGUAUAUCCAAAAGAAGUAUUUUCAAGAAGAUAGAUCACUACAAUCUGAGGUAAACAUCAGUUCACCAGAAUUGUGUCACAUGCAAAGAAUUAACUAUUUUAGACGUUUUGACUUGGUGAAUGCCAUGACAUGGCCAUUUUUCCUUGAUCGGGGUUAAUACCUCAGACCAGUUGUUUGCAGUCUUUCCUCUUAGAUGAAGUGUGUUACUAUGCCAUUGUUUGAUGGUUAUUUUACUGUUUCAUGGUGUUGAGGCGUAUUGUUGGUUAGUUGUCAUCUGACGACAUUAGAUUCUGAGUUUCAACUUCUGAAGGUGUAUUAUUCAGAUGCAGUAGUUGCCCCUGAUAGUGAUAAAACUGCAGGGUACGUAACAAUAGACACCAUUUGACAAGCACUGAUCUGAGGUCAUUAUGAGAGUUUACUUUAAAUCUAUAUUAUUUGUUUUGUGUCUUUACCAGUGGCUAAGUGUGUACUGGUCCCAUUCGCUACUCUGCUAACUGGUGUAUCUUGUGCAUAGCUUGUGAGGAGAUGUAAAAGGGUCAAUUCACCCAAAUCAAGACAAAAAAUAUAGAACAUAUUCUUUCACUUACCCUUGGGGUUUCCAUCCAUGUAGAUCUGUGUUUUAAUGAACCAACCCUUUAGAUGGUACCUGGAGUGUGCUUGACCCUGGCUUGAAUCUUUGUGUUUGUAGGACGUCCAUUUCUUUUUUAAGUGUAGGCACUAACACCAUUUUAAGAGGUCUUCCUCGUUGAUCUUAAAUUUUGUUCUGAUCUUAUACCUUAGGUACGUAUGUUAAAUACAGGAAGUGCCCGAUACAUGGUGUAUAUACAGUGAAUAACCGUGAUCGAAGCUCUUAACUUUUAUUAAUAUGGCAGCUCAGUUACUGUUCUAGCUGAUUUGUUUGCCUUUUUUUUAAUUUUACAUAAAUGUGUCAUGUUUGCCUUAGCACAAACAAGUCAGAGGUGCUUUUCACAUAUGUGGGACUCAAACAGGUGAAAAUCUCUAAGUAAGGCUGUGGCAGCCUCAACCAUGUAUCAUGUACCUUCAGUUCUACACCACUAUCAUUUUAGCAUUCUCACUGUAGCACACUGAACCCGGUUGAUGUUUUUCAGUUAUAUUACAUAGCAGUUUGUUGGUUUUGUACAGUGUGUCAAUAUGCAAUAGAAGUUUGUACAGUACAUUAUUAUGCAAAGUUAUUGGGUUUUUCAGGAGUCUGGCAUGCUCGGAUCUUAUCCAUAUGUUGUGAAGUGUCCAGAGGUAAUGGAUGUCAAUGCGCAUGUGGUUUGUUUUUGCAUCUGGCUUCAUAUCCACCUCGACCAGUUUUCACGACUAACUGUGCUUGUUACAUGCUUUGAAAGUGACUGGAUAUACAGUGUCUGUGUGUUGUAAUAAAGUUCUCAUUUUCCAA